CCGACACUGGCACCUAACCUGCAGCCGUCUACGGAUAUGCGCUUUAAAAAGCCGGCUCCUAGAUAAAAAGCUACACCCCGCACCAGACGGAACUCCGAAACUCUUAAGCUAGAAGCUCACAAAUCGUGGAAACUGCUUUCAACUGCUACAACCCACAGACGCAACACAACCCAGGAAUAACCAAAGCUCUAACUCGUUCAACACGUUGAAAAAUAAAAGGAUCCUCCAAGUUCACGUCAGACGGGUAAUGUGCCGAGAUCGUAACAAGGUUUAGAGGGACGCACAUGUCACACAACGGUGUGAACACCCAAUCAUCACGCUCAUGAACUACAAAAGGAUCGCGCGGUUGUUUGUGUUAAGGAGUCCCGAGUAUGUCCCACUGACUUUUAAGAAAGGGUGACAGACUUUUGCUUUAUAUAUUCAGCCUCAACAAUGAAAUCGGAUAUACUUUUAAAAUAUUUUCGGUAUUUUUCUUUUGUUUCUACCUUAAUAAAUGAAAACAAAAACAAAAUUACCGAGCGGAUAUGUCUAUGCAAAUUUUUCGUCCAAAACACCACCUUUUUGGGGGAACCUGGUCUCUGUUGCUUUACGACAAGCAUGUCGUGAAAUGACGAAGUGUUGCCUGAAUAUUGGCGGAAGCUAGCCUUGUGCUUUGCGGCAGCGAGGCGAGCUAGGUCCGGAUCCUAACAGGUACUGCAGUGGUGGAAGGUGUGGAGGCGCCACCCGUGGAGGUGUUUGUGUCAUGCCUUAGGGGUUUAUUUCUUAAACUCUUAGGGUUUUUGUUUUUAAUCUUCGGAAAGGCAAGAAUAAUUGAUCUACUGUUGGGAGUCUGAGGCUCUGUUACUCCCGGAGAGGCUCUUUUCCCUUUCCUGCAUCUUUUCCUUUACGCAGACUUUACUCUUUUGCGGGUGAGACUCGCGCCCCCCGAGCUCCACCCCGCCCCCCCCCCGACGUCUUGCCGUUUUAUUUGGUUUUAGUUGCGUUCUUUGGGAGAAUUCCAGCCUUCGGGUGAUCUUAUUUUCUCUAGCAGAUCCCCACCAGCCUCCCAUCUUGGCUUCCUGGACGAGACCCGCUCAUCACUGCCGCAGUCUGAGGAAUGGAGCAGGACAGCUCUCGGGAAUCCCCAUCGCAGGAAGGAUCUUCCUUGCCGGGAGAGCGGCCUUCCUCCGCCCUCGGACAGUCUCUCUCCCAGGUUUUGCACCGUCUUACCAGCCAGGAGUCCCGACGGGGCAAGGCCAGAAGUGCAGUAAUUCAGGACCUCGGUGCUCUAAUAGAAGCCACAGAAUGUGAUCAAUUAUUUGAGGAUAGUGGCACAUCGCCCCGCGGAAUGCCAGAGAUGCUGGGGCAGGUGGCAAAAGCCCUAGAGAAGUAUGCAGCCCCACCCAAGGAGCAGCAAGGUAGAGGUCAUGGACACUCUGAAGUGGCCGAGAAAGCGGCAGCAGUUGGGGUACUGUUUCUUAAACUGUUGGGGAAAGUUGAGGCGGCCCAGAAUUCCAUGCUUUGUCCUACAUGGAAGAUAGGCCUACGUCACUUGGCAGGACCCAUCUAUAUUUUCGCGGUCACACACAGCUUAGAGCAACCAUGGACCAGCCCGAGAUCCCAUGACGUUGCUGGAGAGGUGCUCUCCUUACUCCUCCGAGUUACUCAGUGUGGUUCUGUGGCAGGAUUUCUGCACGGAGAAAAUGAAGAUGAGAAAGGGAGAUUUACUGUAAUAAUGGAGCUUCUCAAACCUGAUUUGAAUAAGGAAUCCUGGAAGAAAAACCCUGCCACCAAACAUGUUUUCUCAUGGACUCUGCAACAGGUCACCCGACCCUGGCUGAAUGAACAUCUGGAAAGGAUACUCCCCCCAUCACUGCUCAUCUCGGAUGACUAUCAAACCGAGAACAAGAUACUGGGUGUGCACUGCCUCCAUCACGUUGUGCUGAAUGUGGCUGUGCUCCUGUGUCUGCUAGAUUUAUUCCCCGUCCUAGAGAAAGGCCUGCACUGGAAGGGAGGUGCCGCUCGACCCACCACGCACUGUGAUGAGGUACUGCAGUUGAUCCUGACGCACAUGGAGCCGGAGCACCGCCUUCUCUUACGCAGGACCUACGCGAGAAACCUCCCAGCGUUUGUGAAGAGGUUGGGGAUUCUAACUGUCCGGCACUUAAAGAGGCUGGAGCGAGUCAUCAUUGGUUAUCUGGAGGUUUAUGAUGGACCAGAGGAGGAGGCUAGAUUGAAGAUACUGGAAACUCUGAAACUGCUCAUGCAGUAUGCAUGGCCCAGAGUUUCCUGUAGACUUGUGGUCUUACUGAAGGCUCUCCUGAAACUGAUAUGCGAUGUAGCAAAGGAUCCAAACCUUACACCUGAGCCUGUUAAGAACACCUUAUUAGAGGAAGCCACAGAUUGCCUGAUUCUCCUGGACCACUGUUCUCAAGGACAGGUGAAGGGUCUCCUGGUCAAAAUUCUCCAAAGCUGUGAAGACAGUAAGGUGGUGAACUGUAUCAGAAAAGUGCAGCAGGUGUCUGAAGGCGCGUCCUGUGACGGAACUUAAAUUUGUCUUUCCUAAAGCAGGAAGGCUUUUCUUCUUGUUCCAACUGUGUAAAUGGAAUUGUUUAAGAAAAAAGAAUCUGAAGAGUCACUCUCUGCCUCCUGCUGUUCCAGGGCCUUGUCGAAAGCAUGAAUGGGGAAGUUGUAGAUGUCACCAUACUGAAGGACAGAAACACACACCGGCUUUAAUGAUAUCUCAAUCUCACACUUGAAGUCCACUGUCCAAUAAGCAUAUUCCUCAGUGAUUAAAUGAGAAUACUUAAGUUGAUUAAGUAGUAAUAUUUCUGUAUUAAUUUCAAGCAUAGAACCAACAAUAUCUUUAAAAGUACAUUUUAAAUAAUCAGUGGUUAAAAUCAGACAGGUAACUUCCAUGAAGAAUAGAAAAGCACAUCACUUAAAACUUAGUAGUGUAUAAAACCCAUGGGUUGGAACAAACGUAAAUUUGCUGACAGAAAGGAAAUGAUAAGGAAAAUAAGUUUUAUUCAUUUUGUCUUUUAAAUGACACUAAUUUUUAAAAAGAGAAUUAAAAACUCAUUUUAAAGAACCUUAGAAGACUAGGGUAAUACGCAGGAGGAUCAAAACUGCAUGUCUUUUAUACAGAGAUCUGGAACUAAAAUGGAGAAGCCAAGGCCUAUAUAUUUGUUUUAUUCCAGGAACAAAAUCAAAGUGAAGCUCUUUCCAGCAUCUUUGAAAAUAAAACACAUUUCCCCACUAUUUCCUAGUAUGAUAUUGGUCUAAAAAAUAAAAUUUACAUCCCAAAGUUCCUGG